CGCUCCCACCCCCAUCCACCCACCUCCCCUCCUCCCGCCCGCCCAGCCGCUGCCCGAGCUUCUGUAGUAUGGCAUCGAGGAGAAUGGAGACCAAACCGGUGAUAACCUGUCUCAAAACCCUCCUCAUCAUCUACUCCUUCGUUUUCUGGAUUACUGGUGUCAUUCUUCUGGCAGUUGGAGUCUGGGGCAAGCUUACUUUGGGCACAUACAUUUCUCUUAUUGCAGAGAACUCCACCAAUGCCCCCUAUGUGCUCAUUGGGACUGGCACCACCAUUGUGGUUUUUGGCCUAUUUGGAUGCUUUGCCACAUGUCGUGGAAGCCCAUGGAUGUUAAAACUGUAUGCUAUGUUCUUGUCCCUGGUGUUCUUAGCUGAACUGGUGGCCGGCAUCUCAGGAUUUGUUUUUCGCCAUGAGAUCAAGGACACUUUCCUUAGGACAUACACUGAAGCCAUGCAGAAUUACAACGGGAAUGAUGAGAGAAGCCGUGCAGUGGAUGAUGUACAGGAGAGUCUGAGCUGCUGUGGUGUUCAGAACUAUACUAACUGGAGUACCAGCCCAUACUUUGUGGAACACGGGAUCCCUCCCAGCUGCUGCAUGAAUACCAGCGAUUGCAACCCCCAGGAUCUGCGCAACAUGACUGUGGCUGCCACUAAAGUCAAUCAAAAGGGUUGUUAUGAUCUGGUGACCAGUUUUAUGGAGACAAAUAUGGGCAUCAUAGCUGGCGUGGCUUUUGGAAUUGCGUUCUCCCAGUUGAUUGGUAUGCUGUUGGCCUGCUGUCUGUCCCGGUUUAUCACUGCCAAUCAAUAUGAGAUGGUGUAAUAAAAAGUCUUUCAGGGAUGUUGGGGAAAGAAGAAGCCUGUUAAAUUGGGAGCUGCAACAAUCUAGGAAGAGUUUCAAGGAAUGUUACAGCAUAUUACACACGCACACACACACACACACACACACACAAACAUACACACACCCACGCACGCACACACGCUCUUGUGUGCAUACAUGUACACCCAAACACCAACAGACACAAAGUCUCAGCUCCACUUGUCAAAUCGUACCAUGCCUAGAGUUCCAUUCUGUGAAGUACUGUUGUGCCACAGAGAGUAGCCCAAGUUGUUCUGCAUCUAGUACUGUACAACACUCCAUCUUCAAAGGCUCUGCAUAAGAUGGCGCUAUUGGUACGCCCCUGGCCAUACCUUAGCUGCAUUGUAACUUAAAGGUUAUCCAUUAACACCUUUGAUCAGACUCUGCAUGUAGUGGCUGGAGGGCAUCCUUAGCCUUUCACCAAGGUUAAUAAAUGUUGCACAUGUUCAUCUAAACAAGUAUAUGAAGUAUAUCUCUUCUUUGGGUUUAACCUUCUUUGGUUUUGUUUUAUUUACUGCUUUACUAAGGACUUUUCCUCCCCUUCCUCAAACUAUCCUGAUCCUAGAAAGAAAAACCAGUAAUUGACCAUGAAGAUAUUCAGAGGGAAAUUUUUGAAAAUGUAACACUCGAGGGAAAUUUUUUUUCUUGAUUUUUAGACUUCUUUGAUUAUUACUCUGUUGUAUGCCUACUAUGUAUAUAGACCAUUUAGUGAAUUUUUGCUUCUGACUUUGAACCUGUGUAGUACUAUUACAAGUCUGUGUUGUUGCUCACUAUAAAGGCAAUAAUGUCACCUCUUUUUUCACCUAAAGAUAAUAUAAACUAAUCCUGAUUGUGCUGUACUUUGACUUUUUUCUUUCUAUAAUUAUAUUUCUUUCAUGUAUUGAUGUUACAGUCAUCAAGAAUAUCAUCAAAUUGAUUAAAAAUGAGUAUAUGGGGAGGAGCAAAAAAUUCAAAACCUUUAAAAAAAUAGAAAUGUUUAAAUAAUGCCUUUGUCUAGCAUGCCAAGAAUGCAUUGAUAUUGUGAGCAUUUGUGAUACAUGUGUUAAUAAAUGGAGCCAUUAUGGAUUUA